AUGAUCAAGGCGAAAAAGCCUACCCCAACAAAUGGCGAACUUGCGUUGAAGUGCGGAAUUAUAAGAAAAAGCGUCUCCGCAAUCUUAAUAGCAAAAGAAAAGUGGUUUACAACGGAUUCUGAUAAAUAUACUGCUCAGUUGAAGCGUAAUCGGCCCUCAAAAUAUGAGUAUGUUGAACAUGCCUUGUGGAGUUGGGGUCAAAGCGUCCGACGGGUGGAUUACAAGUUCAAGAAAAAAUAUAACCUUCGUGCAUAUACGAAGCAUGGAAAGGCAAGAAGUGCUCCAUCCACGAAGCUAUUAUGCAAGAAGAUGGAUUCUGCACACACGCUAGCUAUGGGCGCGCUUGCUGGAAAGAAAAAGAAUAAGGAGUGUGUGAAGAAAUAUCGAGCAAUACUGUUAUGGAAGCUGCAAAAGAAGACAUCUCCUUCAUUACAGAUAGGAUCGGAUAAAGAAGAGGAAAAGGAGGUGAAGAAACGAGUAUCUAUCGAAGAAGCCUGCGGAGGUGCUGAG